GAAACAUCACACUGUGUAAUUCAUCUGCGGUUCAUUUGCGUACUGAAGUGUGACGGGGAAUCCGCACAGAUCACGUUUCUCCAGCGGCAUGUCCCGACGUUAGUGAUUACACCCAAAAAACACUCAACGAAUAGUGUGUGUUCCAGUAACAUCACUUCAGCACCAAGGAAAGCUCACUUUUAUUACAGUAAAGUAACUGAUAUUUUUCCGCGGUCAUGUUUUUUGUCUAGUGGUGCGACAGCAGUGCUUUUACAGUGAUAGCUGCACUGCAACCAACCAACACGAGCUGUUUACAACAUUCACUAUAAACAAAUCCUGUGAUUUAGUUUUUCAGCAUCCGCUGUGUGAAGUUUCCCCAUAAUUAUUCUUUUACGUUGAACAAUCUUCAUUUAUAACAAAUAACCCCCCAAAAUUGUGUUCACUUAAAACUCCCGAAUGACAAAACAGAUACGCGCUCACUUGUGCAAACAGGCGCAGUCACUGUGAGCAGCAGCAGAGACGACGCACAGAGAGGAAACAGAAGGAAAGCCUUCGGAACGUCAGAUAACAGGAUUAGACAAAUUACAUUUUAGCUGUGACCAUGAAUCCCGUCUGGAUGCGGGCCUUGUUUUCUCUCCGUUUACAACGGCAGCCAUAGAGCUUCGAAGACAAAAUAACAAGAACCAAAAUUCUGUUUGAAUUGGUGCCUGGUUAGUUGUGAGUUGAAGUUUACUCUGCGCAGAUUCUCUGCUCCGGCUCCGAGGCUCGCAUUGACAUUGAUGGAGGGAAGAUGGUCAGUCUUCCACUUUCCUCGGACACAUUUUGGGGGGUUUUCUGAUGUGGAAUUAACCUUGCAUAGAAAGCCCACAAUUUUCCCAUCCAUCAUUGUGGUGUGACGAGCCUGAGGACGAAGGUUUGUGACACAAACCUGAUUACUGGGCUGCUUUAGUCAUUGACCCUCUCGUGAUAGUAAUUCUGCAAUAGUUCUUUAAACUAUCACCAAGAACAAAACAUAUCUGAUGAUAACACACAUUUUUGUGAACAUUUAACGGAUGAUCAAGCAGGUUGUUAUCUGGGACAACCGGAAGGAAUCCAACCAGCUUCCUGUAUAUGACGCAAGGAUUAUGUUUUUAGUGUAUAUGGGGGAGGAGAGACUGACACUGGUCUGAGCAAUGUAAAAUCCAGAGAGUGAAUCUUGUAAAAAAUCCUCCAGGACAAUCAAGGUCGUUCAGCUGCUCCCGAAGACCGAUGGCAGUGAGACUCCAUAGGGAGCAUUCCAUCAGAGGGGUGGAGUGUUGUCUAUCUUGUAAUACUUGCAUUACCCGGAUUUUCUAGAAACAGCAUAUGGGAAACCUGAGAUUUGACUUUUUUUUAUCAUAAACCUUCCAUGUAUUUACCAUUCUACAAACAGAAUAAUUUACAAGACAAAGUAAAGCAAUAAUGUAAGUGGAAGCAAUGGGGCGGCAACAUGCUGAUAAACCCCACGAAAUAUGAAAGACCAAUGAUUGCAGGUGUAAAAAACAUGCAUGACUGAAUGUGACCCAGUGGCACAUAUUACAAGCAUUAAGAAAAAACAUGAAGAGAAGGCUCGUCUUCUUGCUUGCUCUUUCAAAUAUGUAGGUCAUAUUGAGGCAUCAGUAUUACAUUUAGAGUUUCAUAACCAGUUAAUAGUCCCUUAUAUUGAAUGUAAGAGUAACAGCAAUAAUACACUUUUGGAUCUAGCGCUCCACACUUGAGUCCACUAGUGGCAGUGAUGCACCUUUAAGAUGGAUUUCCAACCCCCAUUUAAACGUAAAGGAGACAAAUUAGCUUCAUGUUCCAUCCAUGCACUCUGUUGCAUUAUAGGAAACUGCUAUUAUAUCGCCGGAUAAGUGACUGUCCAGCUAAUUCUCUGUCACCAGUAUGUCAAGGAAGCCGGAUGCAAUAUCAGGUAUAACCAUCAAGAGAAACUAGCAUUAUUUACAGCCGUAGGAUACACAUAACCCAACCAAGACUGACAAGUCUCAAAGUGGGAAUUUGAACAUUGAAGGUGGGUUACAAUUUAUUUCUGCUUCAGGCUAAAAUGUUGCAGAUUCAAGCUGCAAAGAAAAAUAACGGCUUUCACCAAACUAAAAUGUGCUGAACAACAGAUUGCGGUGCAGCUCAACAACAAAAAGACACACCCAACUGAUUCUGUGGAAUUUGUCAUUCACAGGGUACAAUUCAACACACAUACCUAAAGUCUUCAUAUUGUUACGCUCGCAAAUGUAACAGAUCUAUGGACUCAUCGCUCUUUUGUAAGCUGCGUCUGUCUCCCGGGAGCUCAAAGAACCACAACGGUGUCUGUUCUAAUAGAUGUUUUAUUAGGAGGUCCUGAUUUAUUCGCUAAUGACUGAGUACACGAUUGCCUGCAGUAUGUGUGUGGGUGUGUGUGUGUGUGUGUGUGUGUGUGUGUGUGUGUGUGUGUGUGUGUGUGUGUGUGUGUGUGUGUGUGUGUGUGUGAAAGUGUCUUAUCAGUGCACAGGGCUCUUCAGGCAGUAUUCUGGAUUGAAGGCCACUAAUCUGGACCCAAGGAUGUUCAUACAGUUGGGCUAUCCAGCAGUUUGACCCGUCUCCUUGGACCUCUGAUUUGACCUCUCUACACCCUUACAACCUUCCAACACUCUUCUGAUGUGUUAAGCAACUUUGCUGAACAGUUUGAUGGAGAGCUGGUCGGAUGACAGCUGGAACUGUUGUCAUAACCGGCGGAAUACUGGCCACAGUGAUACUUCUGUGUAUCAUCGCUGUGCUCUGUUACUGUAGACUCCAGUACUACUGCUGUAAGAAGAAUGGGUCUGACAGCGGCUCCGUCUCUCAGCAGCACUUUGCGUGCAACGCCUGCAGUGUCUCUGGCCUGGAGGGGUCGAUCCUCACUACCCCACCGGAGGCAACCGGAUCCUUCGACCCCACCAAACCCGCGGGGGGGAAACGCAGUUACUGCCCCACCUGCUCACCCUAUGACUCGCCCUUUUACAUUCGCACCACGGAUGAGAUGCGCAACGGCGGAGAGCGCGUCACCUACAUGCCUACACACUAUGAGAACCAGGCGCUGGCGUUGCCGCUGCCCGCCGUCCGAGGAUCCCUGCUGAGGGAGACGCAUCGAGGCCGGCCUCCGGACUUCUACACCAACACCCGAGCCAUCAGCACCGAGGUGUGACCAUCCUAAAGAAACAAAUAACUCCACCCACACACACGCACACAUACACACACUACUAAAAAGACCCGCAGACACACAUACUUUAGGCAACUGCUGUAGCUGCCAGUGGGGAUAUUUUGCAUAAAUAUCCACUGUUUGUGGAGGUUACCACAUUUAUACCCUUACAAUUUAAGGUUUGAUGUUCACUAAGAUAGUCAUUUACGGUAGAUGAAAUUGUAGGUUUCCUGUAAGAAAAUGUCUCUUUGUGCUACCACAUGAAGAGUGAUGGUGUAAACUCGUGACCUGUU